AUGUUCUCCUUCCUUCGAGCACCACGGCGGUGUCAAGGCCUCGUCUUUAAGCGGACACUUGCUAAUGUCCUUUCUGAAAAUACAGCACUCCAAGUGUAUGACCCUAAUGCCGCUGCCUCUGCUGCCAAACCCACCAACGAACCUGCCCCGACGUCCUCCACACUACAAAAAGUAAAAACAUCCAAAACACACGGCCUGUACGCCUUUUUCCGCCGUAAACAGGGCGAGGAUCUUACUGGGGAUGAUCAGUAUGAUGUUCUCGGUGGACUGUACGAGCAAGAUGUAGUGAACCGGAGUGGACGCGCGUGGAAAGCCUCAGAACUCCGCCUGAAGAGUUUCACAGACCUGCACACGCUGUGGUAUGUCCUACUGCGCGAGCAGAACCUCCUUGCUACCCAGGCAGAAGAGGUCAGACGCGCAGGCAUUGCUCCUCGCAUGAUUCAAAUAGGUUUGGGGCCCAAGAAGCGGGAGUGUCGCCUAAGUAUGGCUCGCAUAAAGGCUGUGAUGAACGAGCGUCGGCUGGCCUACCUCGGUGCUGUGCAACUCGCUGAAGAGGAGAAGGAGGCUGAGCUCGAUAGGGCCGUAUUGAAGCACCAAAUCACGCAAUUUAACCGUGGCCGCAAAGCUCUCCGGACACUCCAGGAGAAGCGCGUCGCUGCUGAAAGGAGAAAAGAACGUCAGGCUAAGCAAAAAGAGGAAAAGCUAAAAUCCAAAAUUGUAUCUCAGUCUGCGUAG